AUGCGUGUCCAGUGCCUCGCGGUGGUGGCUGCGCUCUCUUUUGUCUCGAGUGCCGACGGGCUUCAUGUCGUCCCCAACUCCGCUAAAUCUGCAUCGCUACGAGCGCCUGCUGAAGCCCGCUACCAGCCUUACGUGGAGGGCAAGACGGACCGGUUCUUGGUUAGCGAGUCCAAGAAUGACGUAGCCACCGAGGAUUCGACUAAAUACGCGUUUUCUACUUUGAAAGACGAUAACGAUAUGCUCCAGGACGACGACCAAGACGAGGAUGAGGACGAAAGCGAAACUGAGGGAAACGAGGGCGAAGAACGUUUCUCGUUCAAGAGGAGGAAAAAAAAGAAGAAGAAAAAGAAACACAAAGAGACGCCAACGCCGACCCCUGCACUGAAUAGUACGGCGACACCCACUCCAACACCGACGCCGAGUCCUGGCAGAAUCGACCGUUUAGUCUCCUGGUUUGAUCGGAGGUUCGACUGAUUCAGAGAACCCACUUCCGCAUUCCACGUAACUAAUAGUUUUGAAUUGGACGAUUUCAUCUGUCUUCCAGAGGUUUAACUGAAUGCCC